AUGCGGUGCUCAAUACAACUUUGCCAUUUUAAAGGGCAGACACUUGCUCACAUAAGCAGCCUCCAUUCCGGAAACGGUAAUGUUGCUUGCAGAGAGACUGGAGAGACGACGGAAGUGUUAGCCCGGUCAGAAAUGAGGCAAGUUGUGGAGCUUCCUAUGCAUUCAGUUACAGUUGGAGCUGUUGAGGCAGCUUACCAUCAGAAAUAUGGAAUCGGAACAGAUCUCUCUGAGCAACAGCUGAUAGAUUGUAGUUUCAGAGUAUACGGUAACCAUGGCUGCUUUCGUGGUCUUCCUUCCCGAGCCUUUGAUUACAUCAAAGCCUACGGACUCAUCUUAGAGAGAGACUAUGAGUACAUAUCUUUGCAAUCUGUCUGCCGACAAUUGGUGAAAAAGCCCUUUGUAAAUAUCACAAGAUAUGUUAACAUCACUUCGGGUGAUGAAGAUGAAUUGAAGCAAGCGGUUACAUCAGUUAGCAUAUCAUUCCACACUAGUGAAAUCCGGUAUUACAGGAGCGGGGUCUUCACUAGUAAUCACUGUGGAAAUACUUUAAAGGACCUGAGGCAUUUUGCUUUGGCGGUUGGUUAUGGAAUUGAAAACGGUGUCCCAUAUUGGCUUAUAAAGAACUCAUGGGGAGAGGAUUGGGGAGAAAAGGGUUACUUCAAGGUUGAGAUGGGAAAGAACAUGUGUGCGUACCCGGUUGUGGCCUGA